CAGCGUGUGAUGGUGGGACGAUGCCGCGCUCUCCGGCCUCGAGCGAGGAGGAGGAGGGGGGUCGGGGCUCCGAGUACCCCGAGGGGGAUUCGGACUCCGGGAGCUCCCGGGAGGGGCCCCCGGGGGGGGGAUCGGGCUCCAACCCCGGCCCCCCCCGAGGAGCCGCCCGGGGACCCCCCCGGCCCCCCCCGGCCCCCGAGGACGCCCAUUUCAGCAUGAUGGUCUUCAGGAUCGGCAUCCCAGACCUGCACCAGACGAAGUGCCUGCGGUUCGACCCGGGCGCGGCCGUGUGGGCGGCGAAGCAGCAGCUGCUCUGUGCCCUCACCGAGGGGCUCCACGACGGCCUCAACUACGGCCUCUUCCAACCCGCCGCCGCCGGCCGCGACGCCAAGUUCCUGGACGAGGAGCGGCCGCUGCGGGAUUACCCCCAGAGCUUCGACCAGGGCGUGCCCUACCUCGAG